GUCACUAUCGCGUGUUGGUCCGGGACGAGCGCGCACACCGCCGCCCUACUGUCGGAUUACAGUGCUGCCGCGCCGCAACACCACGCCACACCGCCGCCGCUCGAUAAUACAUUUAUUGCAUUCGUAUGCUCGGAUUGAAUACAUGAACUAAUAAGCAAUAGGGAUCCGAACAGUGAUGUGAAGUGACAUUAUAACUAUCGAUUACGAAUCGAUAUGUAUUGAGAAACUAAUGUAUUCGAAUAAAACAAAUAAAUAAUAGACGUUGCUAUGACGAUGCUCGCGAUGGCACGAGGAUCAGAGGAACGUAGGGACGAGGGGCACUCGGAGACGGAAGCGGAAGGGGAGGCCAAUGGAGAGGUGGACGUUGUCGGGGUGGAAGAGGCCGCGCCGGUGGACCUCACGAGGCGGCUGGGGCUGACGCGGCCGCCAGAGAGGCCAGCCAUCGCCUUCUCCGUGGAGAACAUCCUGGACCCCAACAAGUUCACGGGAAGGUCAGAGGUCCCGCUGCGGUACGACGAGCAAUACUGGAGGCCGCACUACGACAAUGACAGUGAUUCUGUCAAAGACCACCUCCAGCACUCGGACCUCGAAGCCGACGAUGUGGAAACAGAUGACCAGACCUCCAAUAUGGACGAUGACCUCCUCACGCAAUCAGACCUUGACGAGAAUGGGGACCCUAAGAGCCCUACAAGUUCUUCGUCCAAAAAGGGCAAAGGGCAGAGUCGAGACUCCAAAGGGGGGACGAAGCCACGACGAGCAAGAACAGCGUUCACUUACGAGCAACUUGUCUCCUUGGAGAAUAAGUUUAAGACCACGAGAUACUUAUCUGUCUGCGAGAGGCUCAAUCUGGCGCUGAGUUUAAGUUUGACAGAAACUCAGGUCAAAAUUUGGUUCCAAAAUCGUCGCACGAAAUGGAAAAAGCAGAACCCUGGCAUGGACGUAAACAGUCCUACGGUACCUCCCCCGCCAGCCGGAGGGUUUCCCUCUGGCCCUUACCCUGGCGGGCUGCUGUACUCGCACGGAGUCCCCUACCCGUUCACAGGGCCGGGCCCCUACGCCCCGUACUUCCACCACCUCGCGGCGAACCACCACCAUACGCAUGGAAGCUUAGGGCACUCCCACACGUGAUUGUGGCAACGCCCAGAGUCCCAGGACUCUAGGGUCGACAAGGAGAACGACAGUAGUUGUGGACUAUCCAAUUAGAAGAGAUAUAUGUGACGUGGAAUGUUCUAGAAUGCCGUUGGUGUGUUCCGUUUGACAGGUUGUAAAAACAAAUUGGGUUUAUGGUAUUUUUAUUAGCUUAUGUUUAUUUUCUGGUAUUAAAUUAUAUUGAAAUAAAGUGAUGAUUUUUUUAUAUUACAUUGAAAGUAUUAAAUUAUAGAACUAGACAUUUUACUGUUUCUGCUGUAUAACCAUUGAUUUACGGAGAGUGAAGCUAACACUUUGGUAAAAGUAUACAGGUAAUCUCUGCGGAAAAUAAUUUACGACUACUUUUAAACUAAAAUACCUGGUAAAAUCAUGUCUCUUGGAACACACUUCGCGUUUUAUAUUAAUGUACAUAAAUUAUAAUUAUAUAGUUGAAAGUCUUGUAUUCUAUCAUAAAGUAGAACCUAAUUUAAGUAUAAAUUAUAAAUCAAUUGUGAUAUAUAUUUUAUAAGAAAAUUAACACGUUAUGACUCUCCAUCGCCAAUCUACUCUAUUAUACGCUGUGGUAGAGAAAAACAAAUAUGAAUGAAUAUAUUGACAUCAUCUUUCUUUAUGUUCAUUUAUUUGUGCAAUGCAUGAAAAUAUAUUUAGCGGUUAAAGAUCCUAUUAGUUAUUUAAUUUUAUGUUUAGAUAAACAUUUUAACCUGUUAAUGAGUGAAAUUAUGCUUAAAAAAUAAGCUACGUAUCGAGCUUUGAAAAGUAUAAGUUUUUUUCUUACUGGUGAUUUAAUUAAGUCGGCAAUGGUUUUGUAUAAUUUAGAAAGUAUUAUUAUUUAUAGUUAUCUUUAGCCGAUUUCAAUGUUCCUGGCUAGCUUAAAUUUAGGCACUGCCUUUUACACAUGAUUGUCUUUUGAAUUUAGAACACCAACCGUGCCUAACUUCAAGCUGGCCAUAAAGAGUGACGUCAAUUUUAAGUUUUUUAGUUUUAAAAAUACUUUACACCACAUAACUAUGCGCGUACUUGUAAUUAAUAAAACAAUUGUAUAUAAUUUAGUAAAUGUAAACUUUCUGUAAAUAUUAUAACUUUGUGAAUUCUUAUAAUGCACCCGUAGUCUUAUUUUAUUUUAAAUAAACUGAUAUUUUAUAAAUAUUGUGCCAAAUAUGUGCUGUGCAUUUUAUUUUGAA